UUAUUGUUGUAAACAAAUUUUACCUUCUGCUUUUUUUUCAGUUUGAUGGAUUGCUAAUUAAUUGAAUUAAUCAAUUAUUUAGACGAAAGUCCAGUACAUUUAAGGUUAAAUUAAUCAGAAACCAACAUCAAAUUUGUUGGCAAAUAAAUAUCCAGAUAUGGAGCCGUCUGAGAAAAAAACUGACAGGAAGAAGAAGAAGAUUAACGAGAUGAAACGAAAAGUCGCAAAUAUGACGAAAGAGCAGAUCAGAGCAGCUGUCGUCAAGAAGAAAGAAUGCAACGCGAGAGCAAUGCAGAUAGUCGAAAGGAUGAUAGAGCCCAACGUCGAAGAAGUCUGGCUUGUAGAGAAUCUGAUUUACAUAAACCAGUCUCACUUCCAAGACGCAGUCGAAGAAAGGGCGAUAGUCAAGUUCUGUGGCUACCCACUUUGUGACAGGGUCCUUAAAGACAUCCCGCUGAAACAGUAUCACAUAUCGACAAAGCAGAACAAGGUGUUCGACAUCACCGACAGAAAGAACUAUUGCACCAACAGCUGUUACCGAGCAGGGGUCUACUUGAAAGAACAGCUUUUUACGAGCCCUCUAUGGCUCAGAGACUGUGAAGACCUUGUUGAAUAUAAGCUCUUACAGCCUCAUAGUGAAAGGGGAAGUUCUGGUUUAGAAAUAGAUUUAGGAAAUAUCAAACCUUGUUCUGUGAACAUUCCUGUACAUCACGACUUGAUCAAAAGUGAAAUCAUUUCUCAAGACAUUGAUGACUGUCCAAAACCUGACACGGAAGAUAUUGAAAAAUGCGACUUUGGUGAAGUUCUGUAUGAUUCUGAAAACCAAAAGGAAGAUGAAAAUAAAGCACCAUGUGGUUUAAGCAUGCCCGACCUCGGAGAUCUGAAUGACCAAGAAGUUAAAGAAAGCAACGAUAACAAAUUAAAAGACAAAUUAAAUAAUAAACCUGAAAAUAGCGCUGUAGGUAAUGUCAUUGUGGAAAAGCCAUUGAGCGAGGUGAAAAACAAACUUUCCGACAGCAGAAAAUCGAAAAGAAGGGCUACAAGCACAUCUCCAAACCCACAGCCUUCAUUACCUAUAAGCAUCCGAGUCGAGCAAAACUUUACAACCUGGGUCACAGUCGAUACUCUUAUCUUCCUGCUCGGCAAGGAAAAAGUCAAGCAGAUGUUUUUUGAGUUCGGUGAGCCUCUUAACGAGAACGAUUUCAACUCGACGCUCAAAAACACUUACAUAUUUGAAAGGUACAGGGAAAUUUGUUAUAAGCUGAAUAUAAUGGAGCUAAAAGGCACAAAAAUCGAAUUGCCCACAAAGCCCCUUCCCGAUUAUGACCAGUUGAAAAAAGAAGCGGAAAAGAUUGAAAUCAAAGUGAAGAAUUUCUUCAAAGGUGAUAAAAUCUCCUUUGCACCAGUUGAUGAAAAUGAAGAAGACGAGGGAAAAAAGGAAACAGAUGAUGGUAAAGAAGUCCUCCCACCUAUCCUGCCUUUAAUCGACAAGCACAAUGUCAUGAAAAUAAGAAGACAAAUUUUAUUGGAUCGGCUAAACAAAACUUUACCAGACAUUCAAAGUGCAUUAAGUCUGAACCAGUUCAACCUCAGGAAAGAUACACAAGAAUUCAUAAACACACUGGCCCUCACUGCGAACAAUAUCGUUAUGAAACCAACGGAAUGGAACCUCCUAUGCAUUAUACUUCUUAGAUUAUUUUCAUUACAGAACGAGUACCUGAACUACGCAUUCAUCUCACCCACUACGCAGAAAAGGAUAAUCAACCUUCUUCUUGCCUACAACCUUGAUUUAACAUACCUCGAGCGUCAGCUUGUAAACAUGACCAACCUCGAACAGAUAAUUAAAAAUAGCCAAUAAGUAUCAAUUUACCUAUUAAUGAAAAUAGUAUUAGUUGGACUUUUGUGAUAUUGUAAAUAUUUUUCUUUUUUUAUUUGUAAGGUUUUUUUAGAUUUUUCAUUUCUUCGUUUUACUACAACUAUUGUUAAGAGAGUUGUUUGGUUUGUUUCUUGUAUAGUGAAUGUAUUUAUGAAAUAUGUUAUUUUAUGACGAAUAAAUUCUCAACUACCUUCAUUACAAUUGAUGUUGCUCUAUAAAAUGUAUAUUUUUAACAUUUUGUAAUUCUAUUCUUUCCUAAAAACCUGCUUUUUUAUUCACCGAACAAAAAUAGAGACGUCUUGUUAGGUUGUACUGUAAUUAAAAAGAUUUUGGAUAAUGUGAAUUUAUUUCAUCAGUGGAGAAAAA